GCGGACCACGCCAGCUGGCCACAUCAGCCAACAGCAGUGCCACGUCAGCAGCAGGGAGUACCACGUCAGCAGGCCCCCAGCCUGGUCUAUGCUUUUGCGCUCGCAAACAGCUGUCAUGGACCAGAAGUCCGGGGAACCGGUCGAGGCCUAUCAGGCCCGGAUGCUGCUUCUGAUUACCGAAGCUGAGCAACGGUCGGAUGCAGUAGCAGCCGCAGCAAAGCAAAAGGCAGAGGACACCGAGAAGGCACGUCUGUUGGCAAUUGAACAGCAGCGCCAGCACGACGAGGCAGCAGCAAAGGCUGCCGAUGAAGAACAAGUCCAACGUCGCAAGAAGAUAUUCAGCGGAGAACAAGCUUUGCUCACAAUGGCAGCGGAUUGGCGGGCCGAGGCCGAGAAUGGCAAGAUAGAAGACAGUGAAAACAAGAUCGCUCUACUCCUCUCCCAUCUCACGGACCUCCUGGCAACAUGCAUUACACAGCAGGAGGACAUCCACAGCCUCGACGACGCGUUGACUCAAGUUCACGGCCGCCUCCGGCGGUUGGAGCAGCGACCUGUCGCCGCCCCCGAUGCCAGCUCUUCCAACACCUCCGAUCGCCUCGAGGCAUUGGAGAUUGACGUCGGCUCCCUCAAGGACGGCGUGCAGUUACAGCAAACCGCAAUGCAACAGUUGGAGCAGCGGAUAUGUGCUGCCGCCAACCACUCGAGCUCGGAACCACGCGAGACACCUCCAAAGUUCGAUGGGCAAGAGAUCUUCUGCGACUUGACGAAGGCAAAUCUGGUUUCAUGGUUCCACAAGUUCGAGCUCACGUUACAGCUACACUACAUCAAAGAACACAAGCACCACGGGUACUUAUACUCCCCCUCGGGGGGCGCGUGCCAAGCAUGGUUGGACAAUCUCUUGUCCAAGUACGGAGUGGUAGCUGCCAACUUGCAUACCAAGAUCAGCUGGGUUAAUCUAAAGGCGGCGUGGCAUAAGCAGUUCCAAGCAGAGCCACCGAAGAUCAAGGCAAUGGACAAGCUUAUGGUCUUCGAACAUAAAGGCACGCUACCGAGUGAAGGCAAACCCGACGGCGUCAAGUUGGCGGACAGAAUGACGCAGCAACUUAUCGACCGCUACAUCGAGGCCGUACCGAUGUAUUUCGCACCUCAUGCAUGCGAAUCGGUGACAUUUGACAUUUUGGACACGGACUUCGACAUUAUUUUGGGAAUGCCUUGGCUUGCAAGUGUGGAUCACACGGUCAACUUCCACCGGUGGACUCUUACCGUUCGCAACGCCUUCGGUGCCGAAGUGUCGUGUACUAUUCCUCUUCCAAACCCUUCGAUUCGGUGCCAUGUGGUGACGGCCAAGUCAUUCCGGGCUGCUUGUGCUUACGAGCAGCCCGACGAAAUCAACCUAUGUUUCCUACGGACCGUCGCUGUAGCCGACUCUUCACCCAGGGACUUGGUGCGUUUGCUUGACGAGUUCGCCGACACCUUCGAGUCACCUACCGGUGUGGUGCCGGAUCAGCCGAUCUCUCACGAGAUCAUUCUGGAGGCCGUUGCCGUGCCGCCGAAAGGUUGCAUUUAUUGCAUGAGCGAGGAGGAGCUUACGGUCCUCCACGCACAACUCGAUGAUUGUUCGACAAGGGUUGGAUCCGCCCUAGUAGCUCUCCAUACGGAGCGCCAAUUCUCUUAGUACGGAAGAAGAACAAAGAUCUACGAUUGUG